AUGAAGGCAUACAGUGCUCUCCUCCCGUUCACUCUCCUAAGUGCCGUCCUAGGAGUAGACAUGACCAAGUACGAAACAGGACCAGGUGUAGAUGACACCUUUAGGCCCUUUCUCGAAGCUCUUUACGCUUCAGCAGAGGACCCGAAGGCUACUGACACGUUCACGGACUUUUUCAUCCCGGACUCAGGCCGCCUCGUCGUGCUCGAGAACCAAGCGCAAGGGCCCGGCGCAAUUGUCAAGCUGAAACAGGCUUUACUGCCGUCAACAGGCGAGAAGCAUUGGAACCACCUACCUAACAUUACCACCGUGCACUCGGAGACUUCGGUCGAUAAGGUGUACAAUGUGCUUGGUGUCAUCCAAACCAAGUUUGACGCUGGUAACUGCUCGGUUGCAUUCUACUCUAGUCGUUUUACUGUGCUCAAGGACAGUGAUGGAAACGUCCGCAAUUGGCCUCACAGUGGAUCACUUGUGCUGUACGAUGACUACAUUGUGAACCCUCCUGAGUCGCCAACACACAUCCCCUGCUAG